AUGCCGGUACCAACUAGAGAGCAUUGGAAAUUGAUAGCCGAUCGUUUUGAGUCAAUUUGGAAUCUCCCAAACUGCAUUGGAGCUCUGGACGGGAAGCAUGUACGAAUAGAGAAAUUUCCCAACGCAGGUUCACAAAAUUAUAACUAUAAAUCAUACCAUUCUGUCGUUUUAAUGGCAUGCUGCGAUGCAGAUGGUUUAUUCACGAUGAUAGAAUCGGGAUACGCGGGAAGAAACAGUGAUGGAGGCAUUUUUAAAGCUAGUGCAAUGAAGUAUUGGAUUACCCACGGAGGUUUCGACAUCCCUUCACCUUCCCCGUUAACAUAUGAUGAGACAAAUAGUCCAUUUCCAUACUACUUUGCAGCUGAUGAAGCAUUCCCGUUAUCGCAGUAUUUAUUGAGGCCUUAUUCCAAAAGGACAUUAGACAAUGUUAAAAGAAUAUUCAACUAUAGGUUAAGCCGUGGACGGAAAACUAUUGAAUGCGCCUUUGGCAUGGCGGCAGAAAAGUUUCAAGUACUAAAUAGUCCCAUACGAUGUCGAAAAGUAGAAUCAGUGAAUGACAUUAUUAACCCUUAA